CUCUCUUCAUCCCAUUCUCGCUCCAUCUCCAUGAAGCCACCGAAUUUGAAUCUGGUAAAAAACCCUAGGGCUUUGGAUUCGGACCUACAAGCCCUAGCCCUUGUGAUGGUGGAAGGGGACUGCGAUGGCGGCCACGACGAUAAUGACGACUUCCAAAACCCAAGCCAGGCUGUAGCGCUCAGCCAGAGUCUCAUGCUCUCCUCCCUCAAAAGCAGUCAAUUUCAGCCCUUGAAACCCUCCAAUGGCUACCGUGCUCGGAAGAGACCGAGGCUUUCUGCUGCAAAUGGGAAGGAGAAUGACAGUAUGCUCAAUAACCGAGCUUCGGAUUCUAGGGUUUCUAAAGGCGGUGAGGAGAAAAUUCCAGUGAGCACGAAAAGGACGGAUCUUUUCCACAAGAUUGUUCCUGUUGGAUUAGGGGACAUGGAUUUUGGUGUAGGAUGCGUUGAGGAGGAUGGCAUUGAUGGUCUGAAAUCGAAUAUAUCAGCAUCAGAGGUAUCGGAGUUUCUGGAUAGUUGUCCAUGUGAAGAAGUGGGAUUUGGGAAAGGAAGCCAGUGCCUGGUGUCUGUUGAGUCAAGCCUUUUGAAAUCUGCGGUCAAUGCUUCUUCCAGCGUUGACUGGAAUUGUUCUGAUGUUUGUGUAGAUAAUGAUGAACUCAGUACCAAUACAAGGAGUUCUUACAAUUCGGAAAAGUCAGUGGCUGUGAGGGAGACAGAAUCUGCUCAUGAAUGCAAGGUCUGUAAUGAGGCUGAAGAGGGGGAAACUCGCCUUACAUCAACAGAGUUGAAACUCGCACAAGAUUGGUCAAGGAUGAAGAUGGAAUUUCGGAUUCUGAACCAUUUUGUUGAUCACGGUGCAACAGAAGUCAAUGGGGGAAUCUCAUCUGAAUCUAGGCUUUUGGAGUUAAAAGAGAAGUCAGUCUUGUCUGGAUGUGAAGAUUAUGCUUCAGGAAUACAUGGUUAUGAGGAAUUGAAGCUGAAUACACAAUUUAGUGAUCCAAAGGUACAGGAAAAGGGUCCAGUUGGAGGAAUGCAAUUUGUGAGUUUUGAAAGUUGUCAUGCGGGUAGUGUUCUGCCGGACAAGCAAAAGGGAAAUCAUAAUUGUUUGUCUAUUGAAGCCAAACUUCUUAAUCCAAGUGGAAAGUUGGUUCCUCAUAGAAUCACAAGUUGUGGUGAAGAAGCGGGUGUUUGUGAGGAAUUUGAACCGGGAACUCAGUUAAAUAUGUUGAUGGACCACUGUUGCGAGACGGGUGAGCAAGGCGAUUCUGGCAGUGGAAUGCACUCUUUUGAACAAUUUGAUUUAGGCACAAAGUUGAUUGUUUCAGAAAGGAAUUCAUUGGUCCAAUGUCCAUUAUGUCAAACUGACAUCACAAAAUUGAGUGAAGAGAUGCGACAGAUUCAUACAAAUGAUUGCCUAGAUAAAAAUGACACCAAUAUGGUAUCUGUUACUCCUGGUCAAACAAAACCUAAUGCAUGUAAUCAGGUUUUUGAUACUAACCCAGUCCUUGAGUGGCUAAGGGCAUUGGAUCUCUGCCGAUAUGAGGAGGCUUUCAUUAGGGAGGAGGUUGACUGGGACACUCUGCAAUGGCUGACAGAAGAGGAUCUUAUCAGUAUUGGUGUUGUUGCUGUUGGGCCUCGAAAGAAAAUUGUUCAUGCGCUUAAUGAGCUUCGUCAAAGAAACUGUCUGGCUCAAGAUGGGGAGAAUAACCCUUCUAACGCAGCUUCAGAUGACAAGAAAAAUAUAGGUUUACCAGGAAACAAGUUGAUCACGCAGUACUUCCAUGGUCCGGUGGCAUAUAAAGCAAGAGGCUUCAAUCCUUUGAGAUCAUUUAACCAUGUAGAAAAAGCUAGCAAAUUUUCAACUCAGAAGAGGGUUGGUACUAGAAGGAAUGCUAACCGUGGGAGAGUAAGAGAAAUACCUCCUUGGUGUUGUAUAACAGGAACACCAUUUCGAGUGGAUGCAUUCCGCUAUUUAAGAGGAGAUUGUUCUCAUUGGUUUUUAACACACUUCCAUAUGGACCAUUAUCAGGGUCUCACGAAGAAUUUUUGCCAUGGGAAGGUUUAUUGCUCUAAAAUCACAGCACAUCUUGUAAAUUUGAAAAUUGGUGUUCCAUGGGAUAGAAUUCAAAUUUUACCUAUAAAUGAAAAAAUUACCAUUGCUGGUGUAAAUUUGACCUGUUUGGAUGCUAAUCACUGCCCGGGGUCGAUAAUUAUUCUUUUUGAACCAUCCAAUAACAAGGCAAUCCUGCACACUGGGGAUUUUAGGUUUUCUUCAGAGAUGGCAAGCUCUACUGUUUUGCAAUCAUCCCAUAUCCAUACUCUUAUUCUGGACACGACUUACUGCAAUCCCCAAUACGACUUUCCAAAACAAGAGGAAGUAAUUCAAUUUGUUAUUGAUGCCAUCCAAGCUGAAGCUUUCAACCCAAAAACGCUCUUCCUUAUUGGCACGUAUACGAUUGGAAAAGAGAGGCUAUUCCUUGAGGUUGCAAGAACACUCAGAAGGAAAUUAUAUGUUGGGGCUGGGAAGUUGCAUUUACUUCGGUGUUUGGGUUUACCUGAGGAGGACAUGCAGUUGUUUACAGCAAAUGAGAUGGAAAGCCACAUACAUGUUGUACCAUUGUGGACCAUAGCAAGCUUUAAACGAAUGAAACACAUAUCUAACCAGUACUCGGAUCGCUACAAUCUUAUAGUUGCUUUCUCUCCCACUGGUUGGACAUCGGGAAAAGGAAAGAAAAAGACACCUGGGAGAAGGUGGCAACAGGGUACCAUCAUCAGGUAUGAAGUCCCAUACAGCGAGCACUGCAGCUUUACAGAGCUAAAAGAUUUUGUUCGAUUUAUAUCGCCUGAGAAUAUAAUCCCGAGCGUGAACAAUGAGGGCCCUGAGUCUGUCGAUGCUAUGUUAGCUCUCCUCUUGUCUGGUUCAUAGCAUCCUGUCUCGGACAUUUUACCUUCUCAGGCUAAAAGCUGCCCUUUGCCUCAAAGAACAAAGAAGCGUGAGUUUCCCUGUUAAUUUAAAAAGCAUAGAAUGCAGGGUGUUCUCUUGUUCUUCAAAUAUCAAUUCUGUGUUUCAAAGGAACCUUAAUAAGAGAACUAAAGCUUUGCU